AACCGAAUCGGGCUUUAGCGCAGACUGCUCCAUGCCUGUGUCUCAUUCCUGUCGCACCCUCAAAGACACUUAAGGCCGCUGAUCCGUCCUUCUCGACUCUCGGCUGCCCACACCUUGAUCAACAUCCUUAUUCUGGGUGAUCUCACUUCCAAGUUGGGCCCGGAAGAGAGACAGACCUAACCGACCUCAACUCUUCUGGGAUCUCUCACCAUGACCAUGACCAUGGCCGAUGACCACAGCCGGCGCCGCUUCGGUCCCUUGAGCUUCCACCACAUGCCAUCAUACUCGAGUCAACCUCACUUCUCAGACCCCUGGGCCUCCUCGUCACCGACAGGACCGAACCCCCAAGGCGGGAGCCAACUCUACCCCGGAAAUCAGGACAGCGCGGGCCUGCCUCACUUGAACCUCGGCACCCUUCCCAGGCAACCACCGACGCCGCAACAUCCUCAGCACCCGCAGCAUCCGCAGCAUCCGCAGCACGGGCAGCACUCGGUCACGACGGGGAACAGCACAUCGAUGGCGCCCUACGCAUCCCUCCCGGUCACGGCCGCCUCGGCCAACGCCACCCUCUCGGGCGUCUACAGACAGCAUGACAUGAUGCCGAUGCCGUCGGAUCCCUUCAGCAUGAAUCGGCUACAACAGCCGGCGACAUCGGCAGCGUACGAUGGUUCGGCGUACACCAGCGCCGCCUCUCCCGUAAGCGCGUCCUACGCACCGACGUCGGCGUCGCCUUACGAUCAGCUCGGCUACGCCCCCGCGCAGAUGAGGGGCACGUUUGCCCUCGGGCACGAAGACAGCUCGAGGAGAGGCUUGCAGCCAGAUGACCGGAGGAGCUUCCAGGACGCGCUGGAGGCGAGCCACGGGAUGCUCUCGAUGAGCCAGGAGACCCCUCGCAACAUCUACGACGUGCGCAACCGGGGGCGGGGUUCGGACGACUCGUAUGGUUUCCCUUCGACACACUCGUCAACUUCCAGCAUGUCAUCGGCCGGGUUCAGCGGGUACUACGGAGGCUCCGUUGACGGAUCGGUCAGCGACUAUUCCGCGGCGGGUUCCGACAUCGAGUCCUUGUCCGGGCGAACGCUUCCCAGGCCGCAGGGCCUCAUGUCGAGCCAGCCGCCAGCACCUCAAUCUAUGAUGGGGUCCUUCAGCUCCAGGGUGUCUUCGAGCGCGCAGAAGAAGCACAAGUGCAAGGUCUGUGACAAGCGUUUCACGAGGCCCAGCUCGUUGCAGACGCACAUGUACAGCCACACGGGCGAGAAGCCAUUCGGAUGUGAAGUAGAGGGUUGUGGUCGCCGGUUCUCGGUCGUAUCAAACCUUCGCCGUCACAAGAAAGUCCAUAAGAGAGGGGGCGAGACGCCCUCAGACACCGGCUCGGACACGCACGAAUCUCCAUGAGGAAACCAAAAGAUUUUGUCUGGUUCCCCAGACACAGUCUCGCAGCGCGAACCGCCUUUCACCUUCGCACGACAUCCGCGAUAG